CGAAGCGCUAUUCGUUGGGCACCUCUCAAUGUGCCCGUUCAGCGACGUCUUCAGACUGUCAUGGUGCUCGUGCACACCCUAUCCAUCGCUGGCGGACUCGCAUUGUUCCUCCUGCUCUGCGCCAUACCCAUCCUCUGGCCGAUUGUCAUUCCAUACAUGCUGUAUUGCACCUUCUCCCGGGCUUCGAUCAAUGGCGAACUCAAGCAACGCAGCGAAUGGUGUAGGAAGAGUAAGAUCUGGUCUCUGUUUGGCUCAUAUUUUCCCGCUCGUCUUCACCGCAGUCAAGAGUUGGAGCCUACAAGAAAGUACAUCUUUGGCUACCAUCCUCACGGUAUCAUCUCUCACGGCGCUUUUGCCGCUUUCGCCACCGAGGCCCUUGGAUUCGGCCAGCUAUUCCCUGGCAUCACCAACACACUUCUCACUCUCGACUCAAAUUUCCGCAUCCCUCUGUAUCGUGAGUACGCUCUGAAAAUGGGACUCGCUUCGGUUUCAAGAGAGUCUUGCGAGAACAUCCUCUCAAAAGGUGGUCCAAACGGCGAAGGCAUGGGCCGGGCGAUAACUAUCGUCGUGGGUGGCGCGAGAGAAUCACUGGACGCUAUCCCAUACACGCUUCGACUUGUCGUGAAGCGCAGGAAAGGCUUUGUCAAGCUCGCUAUUCGACAAGGUGCCGAUCUGGUUCCAGUGUUGGCUUUCGGCGAGAACGAUAUAUACGAUCAGUUUGACUCGGCAGCUCAUCCAUGGAUCCACAAAGGCCAAAUGGCGGUGAAGAAGUUGAUGGGGUUCACAGUACCUCUCUUCCACGCCAGAGGCAUUUUCAACUAUGAUGUCGGCAUGAUGCCAUAUCGCCGACCGAUUAACAUCGUCGUCGGCAGACCUAUCCGGAUCCUUCAGGACAAGAAUCCGGACCAAGCAUAUAUUGAUGAGAUUCACGGCAAAUAUGUGGAUGAGAUGCUGCGGAUUUGGGAGGAGUGGAAGGACACCUUUGCUCGAAAUCGCAAAGGGGAGCUCGAAAUAGUG